AUGGGCAAUGGUGACAAAGUAAAAGUCAAGGAGUAUGUAAAAGGAAUCUGUGAACCUGAGCUAGAAGAAAGAGAAUGUUAUCCUAUAGCCAUGCAUUGCAUUUUUGUUGGGGCAGAGAACCUGUUUCUGAAGAGCUUGAUUCAGGAUACUUGUGCUGACCUCUGUGUCUUAGACAUUGGUCUUCUUGGCAUCAGAGGAAGUGCCGAAGCUGUGGUCAUGGCCAGGAGCCAUAUUCAGCAAUUUGUAAAGCUCUUUGAGAAUAAUGAGAAUAUACCCAGCAGUCAGAAAGAAUCAGAGAUAAAAAGGGAAUUCAGACAAUUUGUUGAAGCCCACGCAGACAAUUAUACAAUGGAUUUGUUAAUUUUGCCCACUUCCUUGAAGAAAGAACUUUUAACACUCACACAAGGUGAAGAGAAUCUAUUUCAAACAGAUGAUGAUGUUAUUGAAGUUAGAGAUGACCAACAACCAGGGUUUACACAGAAUACUGACACAGAGAUGAAUAUUACUAGAGAUGAAAUUGUUAUGCAGGAAGAUGCAAGAGAUAAAGCUGGGACUCCUAUUUCUGAGCUUACAAAACAAAUGGACACAGUCUUUUCUAGUUCACCAGAUAUGCUUAAAGUUCCAGUAAAUGGGGCUAGUCCAGAUGAAGAGGCACUUUCCAAAGAGAGAGCUUGUUACAAAAGGAGAUAUUCUGAUUCGGAGGAAAGGCAUACCAAGAAGCAAUUUUCUUUAGAAAAUGUUCAAGAAGAAGAGCUCUUACAUGGUGAUAAGGCAUCGGCUGGAAAUGUAAUUAUUGAUUUAUCUGAUUCUUCUACUGAGGUAAAUUUAAGUCCAGAUAUAAAAGACACUACUGAGGAAAUGGAAUACAACAUCCUUGUGAACUUUUUUAAAACUAUGGGCUAUUCACAAGAAAUUGUUGAAAAGGUCAUUAAGGAGUAUGGGCCUUCUACUGAACCAUUAUUACUCUUAGAGGAAAUUGAAAAGGAAAAUAAAAAGUUUCAAGAAGACAGUGAACUUUCACCUGGUACUGCAUAUCCAGAUACCAACAAAAAUAAAAGUAUUAGCAGCAUAAAUGAGUUUACAACAGAUUCCAUUCAGAAGAAAACACAGAAUCACAUACAGCAAAAUAUGGUAGAAAAUUUUACUGUGUUACCAUCUAAACCAUGUACCUCAAAUUGCAAAAUUAGUACUUUCAGGACUGUGCCAAGAGAACAGAAACAUGAAAUCUGGGGUCCAAACCAGAAUUAUAGUUGUAACAUAGACCUUGAAACUGAUGGCCUUUCACCCUCUGUUGCCCCUUCAAGCCCCAAAGAAAUUAAUCUUGUCUCCAGAGGAGUCUCAAGUCACCAGCAAAGAAGUCCAGUUUUUCCUGAAAAUGGUUUACAACAGCAUUCAGAACCCUUGCUUCCAAAUAAUAUGAAGUCUCCCUGUGAGAAACAUUCAGGAUGUUGUACCUCUCCUCAGUCUAAGCCAAAUUGCCUGUCCAUUUCUCCAUCAAUGCCACUGUCCCAGAUGUUACCUUCGGUUUCUGAUGCAAGGUUUGCAGGACCUUCUGAUUAUAUCGAUUCCUCAGUUACAGGGGUUCAAAGAUUUCGAGAUACCCUAAAAGUGCCCUACAAGUUGGAAUUAAAAAACGAACCAGGAAGAAUGGAUUUGAAGCAUAUCGUUAUAGAUGGGAGCAAUGUUGCAAUUACCCAUGGACUGAAAAAGUUCUUUUCUUGUCGUGGAAUUGCAAUUGCAGUUGAAUAUUUUUGGAAGCUUGGCAACAGAAACAUCACUGUAUUUGUCCCUCAGUGGAGAACAAGGCGUGACCCUAAUAUCACAGAGCAGCACUUCUUAACCCAGCUCCAGGAGCUUGGAAUAUUAUCUUUAACUCCUGCACGGAUGGUCUUUGGAGAAAGAAUUGCUUCUCAUGAUGACAGGUUUUUACUACACUUAGCGGACAAAACUGGUGGCAUAAUUGUAACAAAUGAUAACUUCAGAGAAUUUGUGACUGAGUCAGUCUCCUGGCGAGAAAUUAUUACAAAAAGAUUGCUUCAAUAUACAUUUGUGGGGGACAUAUUUAUGGUUCCUGAUGAUCCUUUGGGAAGAAGUGGACCUCGACUAGAAGAAUUUCUUCGGAAGGAUGUCUUUUCAAGAGACAUGCAGCCGCUGUUCAGUGCUCUGCCCAGUGUGGGCAUGUUUGACCCCAGUUUCAGGGUCUCUGGUACCCAGGUAGCCAGCACCAGCCACCAGCCUCUGCCCCGGAUUCAGGGAGCCUCUUCCAGCCCCUGGCUCCCUCAGCAAUCCCACUUCCCCCUCCUACCAAACCUUCCUGCUGUGCAACACAAUCUGCCCAUGCCAGCACAGAGGUCUUCUGCGGAAACCAGUGAAUUGAGGGAGGCCCUGCUAAAGAUCUUCCCCGACUCUGAGCAGAGACUGAAAAUCGACCAGAUCUUGAUGGCCCAUCCAUACAUGAAAGAUCUGAAUGCCCUCUCUGCCAUGGUGUUGGACUGAAGGUUAUGCUACAAAGCUUGAGCUCAGGGCCCACUGAUCACACUCGAGCUGACUGCUGUCUGCAAUGGGAAAAAUAAUGUGAAGAAACCUUUUCUCCAGUGUGAACAUUGUUAUAUUGUACAGAGAAAAGAAAAAUGUUUUUGUUGUAUACAAAAAUCUGGGUUUUCAAAGCCAGCUUUUUUCUAUAUAUACAUUAUGCUGCUAUUACAGAUUUAACAUUUUCUGUAAAAGGAAAGUCUACAUUUUCUGCCUGUUCAGAGCUGUUUAAUAGCAGUUACUCUUGAGUGUAUUUACAUUUUUAUGUUUUUUAAACUAUUUUCCUUAAAGCUGAAGAUAUUGAUAAAUGGAUAUGGUUAGCCUUUCUAAAAUAAUAAUUAAAGAGUCAUUUUCUUAAGGAAAGCAAGACCUCUUAAAGUAUA